AGUAAGUAUGGGAGUUGACAGUGGUGAUCAUGAGGAAGUGCCCAGUUGGGGAACUUCAUUGCCUGUUGAGAGUGUGCAAGAGAUUGUCAGAAAUGACCCUUCAAAUGUUCCUGAGAAAUACAUACAUGACUUUGAUUACACCCAAACUGAUGUUGUUUUAACUCAUCUCUCUUCUGAUAUACCUGUAAUUGAUCUCUCUUUGCUUUCUUAUGGUGAUGAGGUUGAGUUGCAGAAGCUUGAUAUGGCAUGCAGGGAUUGGGGCUUCUUUCAGAUAAUCAAUCAUGGAAUAGAAGCUCAGAUAUUACAAGAGGUUAAAGAAAAUUCAGCAAAAUUUUUGGAACUUCCAAUAGAGGAGAAGAACAAGUAUUCAAUGGCUUCUGAUGAUGUGCAAGGAUUUGGGCAAGUUUAUGUGGUUUCUGAAGAACAGAAGUUAGAUUGGGCAGACCUUUUCAUUUUGGUGGUUUAUCCAACCAAAUUCAGGAAAUGGACUUUCUGGCCAACUACACCUCCAGAAUUCAUAAAAGCAAUAGAAGCUUAUUCCAGUGAAGCAAAUAGAGUAGCAAAAGAACUGUUUGGGAGUCUAUCUAUAUUGCUAGGAAUGGAGAAAGAGAGCCUAUUGAAGCUACAUGAUGAAGUGAUGCAAGCUCUGAGGAUAAACUACUACCCAACUUGUUCCAUGCCUGAUAAGGUUAUAGGAGUUAGUCCUCACUCAGACACAAGUACAUUAACUGUGCUUUUGCAGGAUGAUGAGGUCACAGGCCUUCAAAUCAGACAUUCUGGUGGUUGGGUUCCUGUGAAACCAAUUCCCAAUGCUCUUGUUUUGAAUGUUGGAGAUGUUCUUGAGGUGCUGAGUAAUGGAAAAUACAAAAGCAUUGAGCACAGGGCAAUGACAAAUCAGAACAAGGUGAGGAUGUCAAUUGCUUCAUUUAUUUGCCCUCAAGAUGAUGUCCAAAUUGAGCCUCUGGAUACAAUGGUGAAUGGCACUAAAAAUAAAAGAAUGUACAGAAAAAUAAGGUAUGGAGAUUUUCUUAGGUAUUCUCUGCAGAGAAAUAUGGAUGGAAAAUCACAUACUAAUCUCAUCAAGUUAGAGAAUGAGUAAUGCCCUGCAAGCGAUGAAGAAGUUCUCUCUAAGUUUAUGUUUUGUUGAUGUUCCAGAAUAAGAGGUUUUAUUGUUCUACAUUAUCUACUUUUAAUUGCUUACUCUAUGUAUGUAUGUAUGUUUUUAAGUUUGUGUGAG